AUGAUCUCGAGACAUCAACAUCCCCUAAGAGGUGUAUCAUCAGGCGAGGUGUCGGUUGAUGGAAUCGACCAAGUAGAUGGCGCGAUGAUUUCGAGACAUCAACAUCCCCUAAGACGUGUAUCAACAGGUGACGGAAUCGACCUGUCUGAAACAGUCCCGUUAGACGAUGUCGAUGCUCCAUUAAGACCAAGCUUUGAUGAUGAAGGAAGCUGUCACACCAGAAGUGACGUCUCUAAUGAGUUAACGGGAUGUACAAAAUGUACAUCUUGCUUCUGGAAUCUGCCAGUAUUGAGACACGUUCCCAGGACGGAUCAUGAUCGUGCACUGGACUGCCUUAUCGCUGGAAUCUCUUUCUGUCUCUGUCUAAGUGAAGUAGGUUUAGAAGUGAAGUUACUUUGGGAGUAUCAUACCUCGCAUCAACAUCUGAUAUUUUAUCUUACUUUAAGUUUUAUCGGUAUCUCUACCUUCGUUGUUGGUAUAUUUACAUUGUUGUGGACAAUCAUUGACCUGCAACAGCCACAUCGACAGACGGACGACAGAACAUCUUCAUUGGGUACCUGUGGUGCGGCUUUUGAACCAGAUCGUAACUUGAACAGUCAUAGAACAAAUUCAUGUCAUUCUAAAACAAAACUGAGAAUAUGCCGGGUUUUUUUCUCGUUUCUCCAAUUCGGCCGCGCUUUCAGGCUAGCGGAAUACUUAUAUAACAUGUAUCAGGGAUGGAAAAGCAAGAGAAAAGACGAAAAUAGAAUACGGAAGGCGGAAGUAGAACUCAGGGAUGCAGCUAUAAUAGGACUUCUAGAGGCGUACCUAGAAACAACCCUCAAAUUUCUGUUACAGUUGUAUCUGAAAUUUAGCACUGAAUAUGAAACAAGGACAAGAGAUUUAUUCUUGUUAGUUUCCUUGGUAUCCAUAUCGGUCUCUGUAACAUCAUGUUACAUGACAAACCGGAAACUCAACCAACCGCAUGAGUCAGUGAAGUUUUCAUCGAUUUUGGUGUAUGUGAUGAUGCGGUUGUUUGAACUCGGACCCCGUCUUAUUUUACCGGUGCUGUGUAUUCAGGUUGCGGGCUGGUGGACACUGAUAGGUAUCUCCCUCCACCUCGUGCUUAUGUUCGUGUUCAAUGCAUGUUAUGUGUAUCCGGAGAACAAUAAUAUGUGUAACUGUCGUUGCACGUGCUGUUUCUACCUCUUCCUUAGCUACGUGGAGGUUUUCAGCUUCAUCAACAUGAACAAGGAGGAAUCCAAACGAACGGCGAUACUCUAUUACCUCGUAUUUUACUUGGAGAACGCCAUGAUGAUGUCACUUGUGCUGUGUCUCGCUUACAGUGGAAACGUUCCCUGUAUGCCUUGGUGCAUGCUGGCCUAUUCUGCUAUUCCUGGUUUUGUGUUGCAUCUUUUUUGCCUGUAUCUGUUCUACUCCUGUCUCCACCCGACACGAAACAGGGAUGACAACUGA